UACAUCUCAUUGCGGAUAUCGCAAUGAUUCCGAAACGUCGCGAAUCGCGGAUUGUAACCUCAGACGCGAUGGACGCUUGAGGGAGGUGCAUGAAUGCUAUUCCUGAACAUGGCUAGCCUCUGGUGACGUCACCAAUCGGUCUCUCCGGCUGAGAUCGCACCAUGCCUAUUUACCUGCCAAGUACUCCACAGUGAAUACAGGUUAUUCCAUUCCUGCGGGUCAGUACAAGACCUGUGCACGCGACUGACCGCCUCUACGUCGCCUACGCCUCACUCCUCAGCCUCUCCAUCUCUCCAGCCUCAUCAUCACCAUUGUUACCCCGCGCGAUUGCUGAUCGCUGCGCACGGCCGUCAAGAUGCCCUCUCAAGAGAAGGGCCUUAAGAAGCUCUUUCACCCCUUCAACCAUCGCGCCUCUGAAAAGAUAGAGGAGAUCGAGCAGAAACUUGAGCACACCAAACUGCGAGGUGCGCAUAUCAAGGCCGUGCAUGUGAAGCAUAAGAUUGGCAAAUUUACCAACCUCUUCAACGCCAACCAUCGCCAUGACGAAGAGCAUGAGAAGCAAACAGAUGCGAAGAGGAGUAAGAUUGCAGAGAACCACCGGUUCCAGAGCUUUGCACCGGAGCGAGAUGGUAACUUGGUGAAGUGGUAUGUAGAUGGCAGGGACUACUUCUGGGCCGUUGCCGAGGCAUUGGAGCAGGCCAAAGAGACCAUUUACAUCGCAGACUGGUGGCUCAGCCCUGAGCUCUUCCUAAAGCGACCGCCAUACUACAACCAGCAUUUUCGGUUGGAUCAGGUGCUCAAGCGACGUGCCGCGGCUGGUGUGAAGAUCUAUAUUUCCGUGUACAAGGAGGUUUCUGCAGCCCUCACGUGCAACAGUCAGCAUACCAAGAAAGCACUGAUGGGCCUCUUUGAAGAGGGCGAACCUGGAUACGGAAACAUCAAGGUAAUGAGACAUCCCGAUCACAAUGUCUUCGAGAACGCCUCAGAUAUGACAUUCUAUUGGGCACAUCACGAAAAGUUUAUUGUCAUCGACUAUGCUAUGGCCUUUAUUGGUGGACUGGACUUGUGUUACGGACGAUGGGACGAGAAGCAACAUCCGCUUUCCGAUGCGCACCCCUCUGGUGUACAAAAUCAGAUCUUCCCUGGUCAGGAUUACAACAACAACCGUAUCAUGGAUUUUGAGAGUGUUCAGGACUGGAAAUCUAACAAGCUGAACAAGCUCGAGUACGGUCGCAUGCCAUGGCACGACGUGGCUAUGGGCGUUAUUGGUCCGGCGGUGUACGACAUCGCUGAACAUUUCGUCCUGCGAUGGAACUUUGUGAAGCGAGAAAAGUACAAGCGUGACGAAAGAUAUGACUGGCUUACCAUGGAAGGUCGAGAAGGCGCUGACGAAGAUCUGAUCGGAGUGCAGAGGCCCAAGUUUCCUGUGGGUGAAUACGUGCACCAUCCCAUCACUCAGCUGAACAGCAAAAAUCUCGACAAUCGCGGUACCGUACAUGCACAAUUAAUCCGAAGUAGCGGAGACUGGAGCAUGGGUAUCGAUCCUCAUGAGCAGAGUAUCCAGAACGCAUACUGCGAGCUCAUCCGCAACGCGAAACACUAUGUUUACAUUGAGAAUCAAUUCUUCAUCACGGCGACGGGAAAAAAUGAUACGAACCCUGUCCAUAACCAGAUUGGAGCUGCGAUGGUUGAUGCAGUGGUAUCAGCAGCCAAGGAGCAGCGCAACUUUAGACUGAUCAUUGUCAUCCCGGCUAUUCCAGGAUUCGCAGGAGACCUGCGAGAUCAAGCUGCUGCCGGAACACGCGCCAUCAUGGAUUAUCAAUUCAAGAGCAUCUGUAGAGGGGAUGAAAGCAUCUUCGGAAGAGUCAAAGCGGCCGGUGUCGACCCCGAAAAGUACAUCUUCUUUUUCAACCUCCGCUCGUACGACCGCAUCAACGUCACACCCACGCUUAAGGAGCGUGAGAAGAAGUCCGGCAUGACGUACAUGGAGCUUGAAGCAGCUGAAAUUGAUGAGUUGGAAGCAUCACCAGAGGAAGGAGGAGAGGAGGCACGUCGUAAAGCGGCUGAGUUGAGGAAGGCAUAUAUGAGCGAGUCUGAAGACGUAGGCAAAGGUGAUCAGGGCGGUGUCAUUGAUCCUGAUUCGAUUGCCGACGACGCCAUGCUUACGGAAAAGAAGCCCAGCGAAGAAGAUUGGGAAGGUGAAGAGGAAGACGAAAAGGAGCACUUCUUCCAAGAGGAGCUCUACAUCCACGCCAAAAUCUGCAUCGUUGAUGACAGGACCGUUAUCUGCGGUUCUUCCAACAUCAAUGACCGCUCCCAAUUAGGCUUCCAUGAUUCAGAACUCUCGAUUGUCUUGCAGGAUACGGACGAGAUCGAUACGGAGAUGGAUGGCAAGCCUUACAAAGCUGCACGCCUUGCCCACCAACUUCGCAGCAGCUUAUGGCGCGAACAUCUCGGCCUACUUCCACCCCAGUCCCUCAAUGCCGCAGAUGACCCCAACGCGCAACCGCCUGGCGAGAAAUCGCCGAACGAUCCCAUGCCCGGCCCCGAAGCUGACUUUGUCUCCGAUCCCUUGUCAUCCAAACUAUGGGACGAGUGGACCGAGCGCGCAACCACCAAUACCGAGGUGUUCAGGUCCUUGUUCCACGCCGAUCCCGAUGACAGUAUCCUUACGUUCGAAGACUAUGAUAAGUUUACCCCUAAUCCUUCGGGCGACAAGGAGCAUAAGCAGGGGCACUUGUACGACAUGGUCAGGCCUGUCAAGGAGAUUAGAGCGGAACUGGAUCGCGUGAAGGGGCAUCUAGUGUGGAUGCAGUUGAAGUUCCUUGAGAAUGCUGAUAUGGCUGAACGGGGACUGCAGGUGAACUCCUUCACGGAAAGUGUUUACACAUGAGGCGGGGUCGACAAUUGCAUGGUAUGUGUUGGUUUCCUGUGUGGUGAAUGCUGGCCGGAUAUCUCUGGUCCUCAACACUGAAGCUAGUAGACUACUCGCAUCGGUGUGUUAGUUUGAUUUUCUUCCUUCCUUCAUGAUUCCCUGUUACGUUUCAUCAACGUCGUUAUGAUCUGAAUGUAUCUUUCUUUGUCCUUAGUCUUGCGGAGUGCUAUCGAGAGGAUUCUGAUGGCGAGUAUCGUGCGCUGAAUAUCAUUUUCAAGAUGCAGUAUACUGUGUCUGCUACUGUUUACACUAUGCACAAAGAUUGAAGUUGAGACGCGCCGCGAGAGACGAGAAAUGCAGAACUAUCACUAAGUCUUUGGUGUAAUGCUUGAACUACCAUAGAGAGCGACAGCUCGAUAAGUUGACACCGAAUAAACAAGUGAAAUGAUUGGAUUUUUUCGAGAUGUAUCAUAUCAUGCUGG